AUGCUGGUGACGUCCACGGGCCCGCAGACCCUUCAGAAGGCCGAGGGAGAGAGGCUGACUUUGGGCUGCCGUUACACUCCGAGCCCCUCAGACACCGGAGAGCUCGACAUCGAAUGGUCCGUGGUCAGUCCAGACACCACGCAGAAAGACCACAUGCUCCUGUCCUUCACCAGCGGCACCACAUACAUCCAUGGGGACAGCACUUUGGGGAAAGGGUUCAGAUUUGCUGCUCCGGACCCCUCCAUGGGGGACGCCUCCAUGUCUAUCUCUCCGCUGUCCCCUGCCCACAGUGCUACCUACCAGUGUAAAGUGAAGAAAUCCCCUGGAGUGGACGCCAGGAAGGUGUCCCUGGUGGUCAUGGCCAAGCCGUCAGUGCCUCAGUGCUGGGUGGAGGGGGGGGAGCUGAUCGGGGGGGCUGUCUCUCUACACUGCCUGUCUGCAGGAGGCUCCACUCCGUUACUGUACAGCUGGAGGAGAGAAAGCACCGGCCCCCUCCCCACUGCAGCUACACAGGACGGCGUGAGUGGGGAGCUGAGAAUCAGAAACCACUCUCAGAGCUCUGCAGGAUUCUACCUUUGUGAAGUGAACAAUGCUGUAGGAGCCGCACACUGCCGGAUCAACCUGAAAGCCAACAAACCUCCAAACAGAGCAGCGGUGAUCGUCGGCAGCAUCGUGGGCUCUCUGCUCCUCAUCUUCAUCCUACUGGUCUUCAUCGGGCUCAUAUUCUGGAAGCUGAGCAGCAGACGGGGCUUUGAGAAGGAAUUCUCCAACGACAUCAGGAAGCCUCACACUUUGCAGAAUCAAGUGAACUGA